GCGUCAGGACAAAGGACUGUCGUGUUUGUUAAUUGGAAAUAACAUAAAUGGGUUACGUUUUGGACGUUUUUAUAUUAUUAGUAACAUUCACAAUAUGUACGUGCGAGGAUAUUUUGUGCGACCGUCGACCUCUGGGCACCACGACGGAUCCGCUGCCGCCAGAUAGCCGGUUCAAAAUAGAAAUCAUUGGAGUCAACGACAAAUAUAUACCGACAAGACAAUACACCAUUCGUUUAUCCGCGAUGGACGGCGUAUCAACAUUCAUCGCGUUCACUAUUUGGGCUCGUGGCGAUAUUAAGCCGCACGACAAGAAUCCACAAAAGACAGCGCAUCUCGACCCCGGCUUUGUGUUCCCCGCCCCCCAUUCGGAGACUACGCCCAAUAAGAAGUGCAACAACUCUGUGGUCCAGACCGACUUAACGCCUAAGACAUCCGUCGAGGCUUACUGGAAGGCUCCAAAGAAAGAGAACAAAUGCGUGACGAUUAAUGCAGUGGUGGCUGUGAAGCGCGACGUAUGGUACCGCCAGGAUGGGCCGCUGUCUAAGCGAGUUUGCGAGGACAGACGGAAUGUACUCGACAUGCAGCCUACUAAGAACGAUAACUGUACCGCACAAGAGGACGCUCGGUAUUUACUUACCUUCGAAGGUAUGUGGUCAUACAAUACGCAUUCUAAGAUGUUUCCCGAGUCGGAAGAUUUAGCGAGAUUCAGUGACGUCGUGGGCGCCUCACACAACAGCAAGUUCAACGUGUUCAAGUACAAUUCCGACGCAAGUGAGGGUCUCAAGAGGCUGGCGGAGCAGGGCAACACCACGCAGCUAGAAAUUGAGAUUAUGAAGCAGCUAGGUCGCAACAUCCGGACCAUAAUAAAAGCGGUGGCACCACCAAAGACAAACAUGAUGACGACGUCUAUGUUCCGUGUGACGCGUGAGCAUCACCUCGUGUCUCUGGUCACCGCGCUUAUCCCGUCUCCCGAUUGGUUCCUCGGUGUCUCCAACAUGGAGCUCUGUGACGUCAGAACCGGCACCUGGGCUAACAAUCUUACUCUCAACUUGUACCCCAUGGAUGCCGGCACUGAUAGCGGGAAGAAAUUUGAAUCGUCAAACGACGAAACAAUGCCGCCACAGCCGAUUUCACCAGCGGUAAUCAAUCCCUCCGUGCCAAAGGAAGAGGUUCGACCAUUCGCACGACUGCAGUUUGAUCUUAUACGGACGUACGCACGCACCGCUACUUCUGAGGUUACAUAUGAGGUCACCAACACCGAAGAGGUCGAGGAGACAGAAACAGUUUACGCUACUACGCCUACAACACAGAGAGAAACUAGAAUGGAAAUCGCUUCUGAAGAAUCGGAUCCUAAUUGCCCAAUGUCAGGCUGGGACGAGUGGCUAUCUUGCGAGGGGGAGUGCAUAGACAACCAGAUAGAGGGUUACCAGAUGAGAUUCCGGCACCACAUGGUCAAUAACCAGCCAGUGGACCUUAUUGGACCCCUUAGCAAACGCAUUCCUAAAGAUUGCAUUGAAAAGUAUUCCGUGACGGAGCUCCGAGCAUGUACGGACAGUUGCGAUGAGGAAGAAAACGAAGCUCAAGAAUAAACUUGAAAGGAAAAGUCACACUUAUACUAAAGAACUUAUAUAAAUUAUAGCUGUACCAGUAAUAUUAAUAAAUUUUAAUUAAA